ACGAAGGCGUUGCGGUCUGCGCGAGCUACAGAACGAGCGAAGGGAACCAAGAUGGCGGACCUCGAAGACGUUACGCUAGACGGCAGGCCGCUCCAUUCGCUCCGGGUAGCGGAUUUGAAAGCCGCGUUGGAAGAGAGAGGGCUUCCGAAAAGCGGACAGAAGAAUGCUCUCAUCAAGAGGCUGAAAGGGGCUCUCAUGUUGGAGAACCUUCAGAAAACCUCUUCUCACCACAUUGGCCUGCAGCCCAACUCCCGGAUUGGGGAGGAGAUGAGCCAGAACAGUUUCAUUAAACAGUACCUGGCGAAACAGCAAGAACUGCUCAGGCAGCGCUUGGAGAGAGAGGCACGGGAAGCGGCUGAGAAUGAUGGAACAGAUCAAGAUGACCACACAGAAGCCAAUGACAGCAAGGUCUGUGCUGCCCCUGCCCAGGAUGACCAACACAAACCCACAGCAAGUGAGGUUGAUGAUAACAGUGAGAAAGAACAGCCAUCACCCUCUGUACCUGCUCAGCCUGGGGCGAUAGCUUCUUUGUCAGUUCGGGUUGUUGGUGAAAGAGAGUCUACCUCAAGCCGUGCAGCGGCCGACAGUGAUGACGACAGCGAGGGCGGGGACGACAAUGAAAACGACAAGGAAGAGUGCAAAAUGAAUGCUCAGAGAAGUGUGCCAAAAAGCCAGCCGGUGAGGGAAAGAUCAGGUGGCUCACAGCAACAGCAGCAUCCACCCCCCCAACACAUACCCUUGCUAUCACAGCAGCUGAGACAGCCCACUCCGCCCCCAUCCCCUCCACCCGAACUCUCAUUCCCACUCCCAGACACCCCUAAACAGAGCCCCCCAAGUCCAGGAGAGCUCCCGUCUAGACAGCGCAUGUCUAGCUCUUCCAGCUCCGGCAGUUCGAGCAGUGACAGUCGUAGCAGUAGCCCUGAACCAGCAGGCGAUUCCUCCGAACGCAGACCAGGCCCUCUGACCUUACUGGCGCGAAAGAUGGAGUCUGAAGGAGCUUUCUCUGGAGCUGGAAAGCAUGAAAGAGAGGCUGUUGAUAGACAGGGUGUACCUGCAGGACGAGGCCACAAAGAGGGAGGCGUGUCUGCAAUUACUCACACAGCCAAUGCAGCAUCAGUUCUGUCAUACCCCAGUUCGGUGAUCUCUAACCAGGGAGUUAGUGUGGUCAGGACAGCGGUGAUAGAAGAGAGCGAUGCCACGAAGCAGGACGGGGACCAUCUUUUGUGGGAGCAGGAAAGACAAAAAGAACAAGAGAGGCAGAAAGCUCUUGAAAAGGAGAGAGAGGAAAGGGAGAAGGCAUUGGAGCAGGAAAGGCAGGAACGAGAAGAGGCUCUUAGACGCGAGAGGGAAGAGAGAGAGAGGGCUUUACAACGAGAACGGGAAGAGAAGGCCAAGGCGUUGGAACUAGAGAGAGAACGAGCGCUGGAAAGGGAGCGAGCGUUAGAGAGAGAAAGGCUGGAAAGAGAGCAGGCUCUGGAAAGGGAGAGGAUUGAAAAAGAACAGGCUCUGGAGCGAGAGAGGGUUGAAAGAGAAAAGGCCCUGGAAAGGGAGAGACUGGAGAGAGAGAGGAUCGAGAGAGAGCAAGCUCUGGAGAAAGAGAGGAUCGAAAGAAAAAAAGCUCUAGAAAUGGAGAGACUGGAGAGAGAGAGGAUAGAGAUAGAGAGACUGGAGCGAGAGAGGGUAGAAAGAGAAAAAGCUCUGGAAAGAGAGAGACUGGAGCGCGAGAGGAUAGAAAGAGAAAAGGCUCUAGAAUUGGAGAGACUGGAGAGAGAGAGAUUAGAAAGGGAGCGAGCUCUAGAAAAAGAGAGGCUGGAGCGAGAGCAAGCUCUGGAGAGAGAGAGGAUAGAAAAAGAGCAAGCUCUGGAGAGGAAGAGACUGGAGAGAGAGAGGAUAGAAAAAGAGCAAGCUUUGGAGAAGGAGAGGCUUGAAAGAGAAGCCGCUUUGGAGCGAGAGAGACAAGAAAUGGAGAAAGAACGCAAGAGACAAGAAAUGGAGAAGGAGCGAAAGAGACAGGAGAAGCAAGAGAGAGACAUGGCCUUAGAACGAGAAAGACUGGAGAAGGAGAAAGCAGCUUUGGAAAAAGAGCGGUUGCAGAGAGAGAAAGCUCUCGAGCGUGAGGAGGCUCAAAAGAAAGCAGAGGAGGAGAAAGAGCGUGCCUUGGAAAAAGAGAGAGAGGAGAGGGCUUUACAAGAGGAGAAACAGAGAGCAGUGGCGGAGAAGGAAGUAAGAGCUCGGGAAGAAAAGGAAAAGGCUUUGAAACAAGAACGAGAGGAGGAACGAGAGAAAGAAAGAGAAAGCCGUCUUCCUCCGCUGAAGCGUGGUCGUGAUAUCGGUGGUUUCUCUCGUUCAGUGGCCCAUCCUGAGAGUCAGUCGGACAAACCUGAGGAUAGUGAAGAUGCUCGAUCUACAGAGCCUUUCCCUAAAGAGUCACCCACACCUACGACACCAUUAUCCUCUCAAUUGUCUUCUAAGAAGUCUCGCUUUCUCAGAGAUGCUCCCACGACUCCUCUCCCAUCCUCUCCAGCUUCUGUCUUAAAGAGACCUCGGUCCUUCUCGGACAAACCCGUGCCGCAAGCUCCUGUAAUUCCAUUAGCAGCUAUACCUGGAGACGCAGUACAAGAUGGUGCCGAUCAGGCUUCUCAAACACCUCUUGAGACUGUGAGGCAGAAGGUCGUUGUUUCAGCUCCCCAUGGGUUAGAAAGCAAGACCCCAGAAGUGGGUGAUCAGAAACACGAGGUAGAGAAGAUGGUGGUAUCAGAGGCACCCAAAGCGCUGAAGGACAAUGAAGCGAGCAUAUACACUAAACCCGGGAGAGUUGAGGAUGAAGGGAAAUCUCCAUUGCCUCCUCCAGGAGAGAAGAAAAGAGGAAGGGAAAGAGACAAGAAAGAGGUGGAGAAAAGAGAAAGAAAAUCGUCAUCGUCCAGCGAUAGUUCAUCAUCCGAUUCGGAUUCUGGGUCUUCAUCCUCCUCGCGUUCCUCUAGUUCAUCAUCAUCCUCGCAGGAGAAAACCCGUACUAGUUCAGCUGGUAAAAAGUCAAAGGAAAUCCAGAAAGAGUCUACGAAGCACAUGGAUGAAGUUAGCAAAUCUAAAGCUGUGAUUGAAAAGCCACCAACAGCCCAGCGCAAAAAACGAAUCUUCACAGAGCAGGAGGAGAAAGAUGUCAGCAAUGUAGACGUCGUUCAGACCAAGAGACCCUGCCUUGAGCAACAGGAUGAGAAGGGAACAGGAGGAAGAAAGGAACAUAUUGGGGAAGAUGAUAUUAUGGAAAACACUACAAGUAGUGAGGUGAAGGAGACAGUCAUGGCCGAGCCCGAGAAGCUACCAGAGAGCAGCGAGGAGAGCACCACGCCAAAGACCUUCUGUGCCCGGAAAAUCUCACUCAGCAGCAGCAAACCGUCUCCGGGAGUGCUGAAUUCAGAAGGGGAAACUGAGAGCACAAGCGGGGCAGCUGCUGGCAGGAAGAGGAGAUGGGGCUCAAGUACAGCUGUCACUGCCAAGAAACCCUCCAUCAGCAUCACCACAGACUCAUUAAAGUCUUUAAUUCCUGACAUCAAGCCUGCUCAGGGCCAGGAGGCCGUUCUAGAUCUGCAUUCAGAAGAGGUGCCUCUUUCUGGGGACGAGGAAGGCGGGGAGAGAGGUGACCAAGACCUGAAAAUCAGACGAACUGUUACACAGGUCGUGCCCUCUGACACACAAGAGAAUGGACAGAAGGAAUCAAAAAGGGAUGAUCCUGGAGAUGAGGAGGAAAGAAACGACAGACAGGAUAGACUUAGCCAGGAGGAGAAAAUGGAAGACUCUGUUCAGAUUUCCAUGGACGCAGAGACUUCUUCCCCUGGCCAUGAUGUUGACAUGAAGACGGUGACUCACAGUGACACACUGAUCAGGCGUUCCAUUAGCCAGCAGAAGUCUGGAGUGAGCAUCACCAUUGAUGACCCAGUCCGCACAUCCAAGCAACCGUCUCCUCCUCGUAGCAAGCUGUCUAACAUCAUCCAUAUCUGCAACCUGGUGAGACCAUUUACACUGGGCCAGUUGAAAGAGCUGCUGAACCGCACCGGUGCUGUAGUCGAGGACAGUUUCUGGAUCGACAAGAUUAAAUCUCAUUGCUACGUCACAUACUCCAGCACAGAAGAGGCAAUGGCCACACGGACGGCACUACAUGGGGUCAAAUGGCCCCAGAGUAAUCCAAAGUUCCUCAGUGUUGACUUCUGCAAUCAGGAGGAAUUGGACUUUCAUAGAGGUCUAGGUCCAGCGGGAGAGAAGCCACCGGAGGAGACCCAAAGGGUAGCAGCUGCCGGGCCUGGCCGUACGGUUCCCCCACCUCUCCUUCCAGAGCGUGACCAGUGGGCUGAACGAGAGAGGGAGAUGGAAAGGCGGGAACGAGCACGUGCAGAUAGGGAAUGGGACAGAGAUAAGGUGAAAGACUUAAGCAAACCAGGAGAAGAACGGGAGGCUGCGGCCAGACGAUCGCGAUCUAGAGAGCGUGAGCGAAGGCGUAAGGAAAGAGGGAAGAGCAAAGAGAGAAAGACAGAGAAGAAGGAAAAAGGUCCCGAGGAGCCACCUGCUAAACUGCUGGAUGACCUGUUCCGCAAAACCAAAGCAGCACCCUGCAUAUACUGGCUCCCCCUCACUGAAGAACUGGCAGUACAGAAGGCAGAGGCUCGUGCCGAGCGCAUGAGAGAAAGAGAGAAGAGGAGAAAGGAGAUGGAGGAGGAAGAGGUCAAAAAGCGGGAAGAGGAGCGCAGGGAGAGAAUGAAGCCCAGCGUUGCCGCCGCAGGAGACGGCGAGAGAGACCGUGACCGAGGUCGCGAGAGGGAUCGGGAGGGGGACAAGCGAAAGGAGGGAUAUCGCAGGCCUGGCGGAAACAGCGCGAGCGGGAGCAGAAGGUCACGAAGCCGCAGUGACCCUCCACCUAGAGAUCGACGACGCUAAGGAAAAUCUGGAACUGUCCAGUUUGUAACCCCAGUUCCUGGACGUGCUGUAACAGCUCUAUGCCUACCUGAGGACCAACUCAGACUCUACACAAAUACACACACUGCAUAAAGACACACACAUGUGCACACGCUCAUUGGGACCACGGUGGUGCUGUGUCUCUGGGCUGUAAGACUCCCAGUGUUCAUUUCCCUUUCUCAGUGUUAAUGGACUUCUGGUAUACGUGGACAGCAUUGCAAGACGUCAUGUUGUUUGUCACCAGCUGAUGGCAUGCUGUCCCUGAGCCCUAGCCUCUGCCCUCUUAUCACGUUUUUAGGUAGUGUUUUUUUUCCUUGAGGUUUGGUGAAGUCCUCUUUCUCCUUCAGUGUAGUGUUCACACAGAUGGACGAUAGAAGCUGCCUUCUACGAGAUGAUCUGAAAGCUUUGGUGUGACUUUUGUCCAGACUGUCGUGUGUUUUAUUUCCCUUCACAUUUGUCUCGUUUUAUCAUGUCUGCCUUUUACCGACCUUUUGCUGUUACCCACGUUGUCAUGGAGAAGGGGAUGCGUAUUUAACCUUUCACAUUUGGUUUUAAAAAGCUUUUUUUAUCGUUUAAGCUUAAUGGCUGACGUUUGUUUUCUUUAUUUUUUGUUUACUCCUGUAAGUGCUGAAUGUACAAAUAAUAAAAAGGUUACAUCUAA